AUGUCAGAAUCAUUGACAACCAGACUGAAUCUGCUAUCUAAACAAAUUCAAACUCAUUUUUACAAUUUUAACUACCUUGAUAGUGGCUUCAUAGCAAACCCUUCAAAAAGGAUUAUUAAAAUAUUUCAUGAUUUUGCAGAUAUACAGGAACAUGACAAGCAAGAAAAAUGGUUAAAAGAAUUUUUCAUUGAAUUCUUCAAAUUUUUGUUUCAAGACAGUUUACCUUCUAACGUCACAGUAGAUGACUUAUCUAAAUUAAUCGAAGCAUUAAUUAAAGUUUCCGCAACUACGAAACAAUUAGUGAUGAGAACAUUUGUAUCUGCUGCUGCUGCAUAUCCGAAAUUAAAUGAUGAAAGAUUCACAAGAUUAUGCAGUAACCUCAACUGCCUCCAUUCUGAACUUUUUAAAUUUAGCUGGGCUUCUAAAAAUUUUAUUUCUACAUCUCAGAACACUUACUAUAAACAUAUUUUGAAGAGAGAAAAAUAUCAAAUCAGAAAGUACAACAUUCUGUCUGAAUCAAGUAUUGGAUUUGCUCAGUAUGCUACUCUGAUUUAUUCUAUCUAUUACGAUGCCGACAGAUCUAAUAAAAUUUCAUUUUAUUCAUACCAAUUACAUUUUAUUAUGGGAAAAUAUUCACUGGAUCAAUUUAAGUGUUUAAGCAUAUUUUUGGAAAUCUCCAAAUUUUUUAUUAUGACGGAAUACGAGUUUUUAAUUGCAUUUCUGAAGCAGACAGAUUUCUGGCCUUCGCUCUCUUCAGGAAUCUCUGAUUGUACCAAAUAUAAAUAUCUGAACAAAGGUGGAAAUAUCACAGCCUCUAGAGCCGUGAUAGAAUAUUUGCGGCUGAAUCCAAAUGAUACAGAUUAUUUAGAUAUGGUUUGUAUCUUAAUAAGAUCUGGCUUCAUUAAUUUUUCUUCUAUCUGGGAUAACUUAGAUUUAUCAAAUGAUAAGAUUAAAGCUUAUCUAGAUAAUUUAGAUAAAGAAUUAGAAGAAAAAUCUAUGAAAGGUGUCGACAAUCCCUUAGCUAUGGCAGCUGCGCUAACCGACGAUGAUGAUGAAGAAAGUGCCAAUAACAAUUCUCACAAAUCGAAAGAGAAUAAUGAUAAGUCUGUAGAACUGGAAAGAGAGAAUGAAUUAAAAUUAGAGAAUGAUAAAAUGCAGAAAUUGAAUAAAGAGAAAAAGUUUUUAGAAGACACGAAAAUAUUAUUUUUGGAGAGACUAUUGAUAAAUGGGUGCAUCGUUCCAUCUAUGACUAUUUUAGGUCGUUGGAAAUCUUUGAUCUAUUCAAAAGAUGUAUUACCUUUACUGCUAGGUAGAGUAUUCGAUACUAUGCUCAACCCUAUUUACAAAGCUAUGUAUCUCUCUAAUACUACUCCUGAUUUAGUUUCGUCGUUAAGGAGGACAACUUUUGACGCAGGGAUUCUGAGUCAUAAGCCAAAUCUUCUAAUAUCUAAAAAAACAGCCAACCCAUUUCAAUUAAACGAUAUGCAAACGACAUUUUCUUUUUAUUACCCAGAAUGGAGCCAGCAACUAGAGCAAAUAGACAGUAUUGAAACGCUGUUCAACUUGUCUCAUAAAUAUCUCACGGUUAUAGGUCCUUCACUAGGUAAAUGCCCUCAGCUAAUUUCAAAGUUAUGCCGUAUUGGUAUCUGUAAUAUAAACUCUUCAGCCGACGAGGAAAAACUUAAGAUAGUUGAUAACUGGGUUAAUUAUGUUCGAAAAUUUAUUCUACCGGCAAUUCCACUUUUAGAUUUAAAUAGCUUGGUAACUUCUGACAUUUAUGAAUUAAUGAGCUUUUUCCCUUUCGAAAGAAGAUAUUAUAUGUAUCAUGAAAUGAUUAAUAGAACUUCUAAGGAUAUACUACUAGUAAAGGUGUACUUCAAUAAAGCAGAGAGAGAGACUAAGACUAUUUUAAAAGCAUUAAGCACAGAUACGCUUGAAAGAGAUGCCAGAAAAUUAGCUACAUUAAUAUCCACAAAUCCACUUGCAACCUUACUUCCAACUGUUAGGCAGAUUGAAAACUAUGAUAAAGUUUCCGAAUUAGUUAUUUUUACCGCUAAAUAUUUCAAUAGAUUUGCCUAUGAUGCAUUGCAGUACGUAUUACUUUUGCAUUUAACUCAGGUAAGACCAACUAUUCAAUCAGACGGUAUUAAUGAAGUCUUUUGGGUUCAACGUUUAGUAUCAUUUAUCUCUGGACUUGCUAAAAAUUGCCCUGAUAUGGAUCUAACAAACAUUAUUGUUUACAUCACAAAGACAUUACACCAAGGUAAUGUUACAGCAACUUCAUUACUAAGAGAGCUUAUCAUAACAGUUGGAGGUAUUAGAGAUUUACAUGAAAUCAAUACUAAAAGUUUAAUAAUGCUAAAUUCUGGCGAGCCUUUGCAAAAGGUAGCACGAUCUCUGAUUUAUGAUACUAGGGAUAAAAAUGUAGGUGUAGCUCAAAAGCUAGUGUCAGAUUUCGUUCAUCAGAAAUCGAUUUCGGAAAUUAUUAUUUUGCUUUACAAUCUAAAUUUAAAUUCCAACACUGAAAAUUCACAUUAUAAGAUUUUAUCUUCUAAGUGUGAUCAAAUGAAUACCUUAUUAUGGUCUUUUAUCGAAUUAGUUAGGUUUUCUCUUUCAGAACCGGAAUUUAAGGAAAAUAUUCUUCCAUUUGAAAUUUUACUAUCGGAUUACAAUAUACCUACACAAUGGGUAUUUCACAUUUGGAGAGACUCGUUCCAAAAUGUUAUUGACUUGAACAACAUCACAGAAAACUCUACAUUUGAUAAUAUUACGUUUAGAGGUGUCAAUUUUUCAAAACUUCCAAAAGAUUUAUUUUUAAUAUUUUGGACUCUAAUUCUUUACGAUAUUCAGUUCAAUAAAGAAUUCUAUGAUGACACAAAGAAACGGCUUUCAGUGGAACUGAAGGAAGCUGUCAGAACUAAAAAGAAGGCAGAACUUUCAAAAAAAAUCAAAGAUCUACUUGUUGCUGGUAUUGCGCAUCAACAAACAUUUAAUAAGGUCUCGACACUACUAAGCGAGAAAGGAAUAAUGUGGAAGUCUGCGCUUAACGAUGAGGCUAUUAAGAUCUUUUUACAAUAUUGUUUGAUUCCAAGGGUAAUUUUUUCACCAUCGGAUGCUUUAUUUGGCGCAUAUUUUAUAUUUUUAACAUUUGAUAACGAUACUAUUACAGACAUCUUCGAUAUUCUAAUAAACUCGGAUAUUAUUAGAUCCUUACUGUUUUCAUCAACACCUUUAGAGUCUGGUAAUCUAGGUAUUUUUUUCUCGCAUUGUAUUAAAAGGUUAGAGACAAUUAGAUCUAAGAAACAACUGACUGAUACCUAUGCAGUAGUAUUAUUUAAAUGGUACACUAGUUUAACGAAUCAAAUUAUUUAUUUGAUAUCAGAAAAAAGUUACAUGUCCGUAAGAAAUGGCAUUGAAUUUAUGAAACAUUUUUCUAAAGUAUUUCCGAUCAUUGAUACACACAUAAUUUUGGUAAUUAAUGCUCUUAAUGAAAAUUUGUCUGUAGAAGAAAGGGAAGAUAUCAAACUUCCAACCAAUGCACUAUUAGGCCAUUUAUCAGCACGCCUAAAACACUCAUUGCCAUUACAGGACUUCCGUCCUUUGAAUGCAGAUGAACUAAUAGAAAAGGAAAAGUAUGAAAAUGAAUUAGAAGAGAUUAAGAAAUAUGAAACACAUUUAUCGAAUAAAAAGAAAGAAGAAAAUUUGAGAAACCAAAUUCAAUUGAGAAAGAAGAAGAGGCAGGACGAUUUGGAUAAAACUUCAUUGCCAACUGGCCCAUCCACUAAUAGAAAUUCAGAACACCAUCAAUGGCCGUUACAAAAGGUCUUAAGACAUAUGGAUGAUGCUGUGUAUUUUUUAAAGGAAAACAACAUUAAACGUGCCAUGGAUGUUAUUACGGAUGAUUCUGCUAUCGACAAAAUCAAUGAGCUAAGAAGACAAAGAACGGAUGUUAAUCAUUUUAGGGAGGCUCUUUCUGCUAUUUUUAUUCAAUACUUUUCUUCUCUAGUUCAAUACCAAACCAUGAGUGAAUAUAAAAAGAGAAUCAGCAACCUAAGAGAAUCAAUUCACUUCGUCAGCAAUGAGCCGGAUAGCAAACAAGCUGAUCUAUAUUCUGAUGAUGCUUCAUUGAGACCUACAAAGAAAGUCAGUAGAUAUAACUCAGAUACUUCUAGAAUUCUGGACUCAGCAAAACAUUCUUACAACGAUAGACAUAAUGAGCAUUCGGGAGAAGAAUUUCAUAAUAAAGAAAGUAGAUAUCGCGAUGAACAUCAUGAUACAAGAUACAAUCCACCUAAUAGGAAAUCUGAUGGGGCUACACCAAGCAGAUUUGCCAAUAUCUCCUCAAGUAACAGAUCCUCUGGAUCUCAUGAAAAUGUCAAACCAGAUCGAAGAGUAUCAAAUCAAUAUAAAGACUCUAACAAAUCUCACAUAAACGGUGAUAAUGAUAAAUCAACCACACAAAUCAACAAUGUAAAGAACAGAAGUUAUAAUAAUGAUAAUGAUGGCAAAAAUAUAAAUGAUACUAAUAAUCAUAGGGGUCAGCACACAAGAACAUACGAAAAGCCUAAAAGUAGGCCAGCAUCAUUACCGUCUCAACCAAACUUCCGGGAUAACUUUGGAAACAAUUCUAAUAGUAGUAACCAGAAUAAUAAUACUACCAGCAGUGAUAAAUAUCCCCGUAAGCAUGAAGCAUCAAGAAAUACUAAUGAUAUGAGAGAUGAAAAAAGGUUUAAACGUAAUGAUGGUGGGUGGAGCUCAGGUAGAAAUGAUUAUAACAGAAACAAUAGUAAUAGUAAUAGUACUAAUAACGGGAACAGUAACAAUAGCAACAAAGGUAAUAGCUACAAUAAGAACAACGAUAGAGAUGAAAAAAAUUACAGAUACCAUAGUGAUCAAAAUACUAACUACAAUAAUAGUAGAAGAGAUAUCCAAUCAAAACUUCCUCAAGCCCCUAAAGGACCUAAAGGUACUAGAAAUAAUAACAAUAGACAACCAUCUAGUAGAUAUCAACGAUAG